AUGGGAUCCACCGAGACCAGACCCAAGAUUCUACUUCUUGGAAAAAUCUACCAUGCAAAAGGGUCUUGGAAUGCACUCAAUGAUCUUGGUGAGCUGAUCGAGACAACCGCCAGAAACCGUGCCGAAUUUAUUCAAGAGUGCCGGAAUGGGAAGUUCAAGGGUGUUGUCGCUGCCUACCGUACCUUCCAGUCUGCUCAGAUCACAGGCCAGAUCGAUGAGGAGCUGGUAAAGGAGCUGCCCAGUUCUCUGAUAUAUCUUGCAAGCUGCGGGGCCGGUUACGAUCAGAUUGAUGUCGGCGAUUGCAGUGCACGCAAGCCUCCGAUUCGCGUCUCGAACGUCCCCACUGCCGUGGACGAUGCGACUGCCGACGUGAACAUGUUUCUUAUUCUCGGUGCUCUGCGUAAUUUUAAUGCUGGUAUGCACGCUUUGCGUCAAGGAAAAUGGCGUGGUGGAGUGAGUCUUGGGCACGAUCCCGAGGGAAAGACCCUAGGCAUCUUGGGCAUGGGUGGCAUUGGCCGUAACCUGAAGAAGAAAGCCGAGACUUUCGGGAUGAAGGUCAUUUAUCACAAUCGCCGUCAGUUGAGCGACGAGCUCUCCGAUGGAGCUCAAUAUGUCUCGUUUGAUGAGCUCUUGUCCACCAGUGAUGUGCUUAGCUUGAAUCUGCCUCUGAAUAAAAACACACGUCACCUCAUCGGCAGGAAUGAGUUUGCGAAGAUGAAAGACGGCGUGGUUGUCGUCAACACAGCUCGCGGUGCUGUCAUGGAUGAGGCUGCACUCGUUGAGGCUUUGGACAGCGGCAAGGUGUUCUCGGCUGGUCUUGAUGUUUUCGAAGAGGAGCCCACGAUUCACCCCGGCUUGCUCAGCAAUUCGAAUGUGAUCUUGGUGCCUCACAUGGGAACUUGGACGAUUGAGACGCUCACUGCAAUGGAAGAAUGGGCUAUUGAGAAUGUCCGCCUCGCGUUGACCACUGGCAAGCUGAAGAGUCCAGUACCUGAGCAGGCUGACUUGUGGAGUUGA